UUAAUUAUUAAAUUCAAUAAAAAAUUAUGAGUAAUUGAUGGUUACCCUUUAAACCUUCCAAUUAACCCUAUAAUAAAGUGUUCAACUCCAAAACUCCGUAACUUUCUUUGAUUAGAGGAGGCUGACCUUCGCUUGCUGUAAGAGAGGAUCUGAAAAGGUAUCAAUACUUUGCUCAAGAGGGAGAGAUAAUAAGAACAGGAUUAGUUAACUGCUUGACAUCAAUUGAGUCCCAAUGCUGAAUCCUCCAUCAUCAUCGCCACUUCCUCUAUCGAAAAGCCAGCAGCUGAUUUGUUUUCAGACCCAUCCUUCGGAUGUUGAGGAACCUGAGAAAUUUGCCGACACUUCAAAGCGGAGUAGGUCUAUUGACCUUAACCAAGAUCAUAUACUUGCUGAGAGGAAGAGGAGGGAGAAUAUAUCUGAGCAGUUGUUUACGUUAUCAAUGAUCAUUCCUGGCUUAAAGAAGAGAGACAAGCUCUCUAUUCUCAUGCAUACAAUCGAUUACCUGAAACAAAUGGAAGAAAAAGUAAAGACUCUCGAAGAGCAGGCAUCCAAAGAAACAGUAGAACCUUCGGUCUCAACUACAAAAUCCCAACUCUCUGUUGCCAGUGAUGAGGGCGAAGAAAGUGUCCCCUCUGCUCAUAGUACUCUCCCUGAGAUCGAGGCAAAAAUAUCAGCAACGGCGGUCUUUAUCAGGAUUCAUUGCAAAAAUCGACGAGGAGUGACGCUCAAGGUUCUUGGUGAGAUUGAGAAACUCCACCUUAGUGUCAUCAACUCGAGUUCCUUACCCUUUUCAGAUCACUUUCUUGACAUAAAUGUGACGGCUCAGGUUGAAGAGGGGUUCGCAAUGACGGUGAAGGAUCUUUUGAAGAAACUAAAUUCGGCUUUUAGAAACUUCAUGUGAAGAGAUUGAGACAACACUAGUUAGUUGAUGUUUUUAGUUCUUUCUACUAUUUUCACCUUUUCUCUUCCUUUUUAGAAAUUUUUUUUAAUGUAUUGAGAUGUUUUGUUAAGGGUAGAGAUCCUCUACACCCUUAAUUAUAGAGAUUCUCUACAACUCACUAA